AUGGCCAUGCAAUAUCUCAACCAAAUAAAGAACCUACGGCGUUCGCCGCAAAUGGUCAGCGCCCCCAAGCCUGUCCUGACGCCGGAAGAUGAAGCCUACCUACGCGAAGUCACCGCCCAAACGGAAUCUGUGCCCAUUACAACAGAACAGAAUGAGCAACCCCGAACGGAAAGCCCUGCUGGGGUGUCUCUGCAACCUGCGAUAAGCGAACAAGCUGAAAACAUCCCUCUACCUACAUCGCCUGUAGAGGAGUUAGCAAAGGAGCUUGGCGAGGAGGGUAGGCAAGAACGGAAGAACUCUCAAGCAACAUCGACAAGAUCAGAGACACCAAAGUCGGAAGUUUCCAAGCCACCACAGAAGAAGAAACGGUGGAGUGCCAUGUUUUGGAAGAAAAACACAGAGAAGGAUAAAGACCCCUCCAAUGCAAACAAAUCGCAGACCGAAACUUCGACUCCUCCGACCACAUUGGAUACGUCAACAAACGGGAAAGAUGCAGAUAAAGAUAAAGAUGCUGAGGACGUGACGGAUAUUCUGGAGCGAUUGAACCUGGCAGCGGAUAACAACCGUGUAUUUUCGAUCAGCGAGGAGACACAAGAGCUUUUACGCAAGUUCAAGCUCAUCCUCAAGGAUCUGAUCAACGGAGUCCCAACUGCGUAUCAUGACUUGGAGAUGCUGCUGACCAACGGCAAUCGCCAACUACAGGAAACCUAUACAAAGCUGCCUGGUCCCAUGCAAAAGUUGAUCGAGAAACUUCCGGAGCGUUGGACCGAGACCUUGGCUCCAGAGAUGCUGGCUGUUGCUGCCGACCGCGCCGGCAAGAGUGGCGUCAACAUGGAGAAUAUGGGCAAGGCCGCUGCAGCUGCAGAGAAGAUGGGAGUCAACAUGCCAAGUCUAAAGGAACUUGUGUCGAAGCCAGCUGCUCUUGUAGGAAUGCUACGAUCCAUCAUGACAUUUUUGCGAGCUCGAUUCCCUGCUGUUAUGGGCAUGAAUGUGCUUUGGUCUUUGGCAUUGUUCCUCCUCCUCUUUGUAUUGUGGUACUGCCACAAACGCGGACGCGAAGUCCGUUUGGAGAAUGAGCGUCUGGUGACAGAAGAAGAGAUCACCAAGCUCAACCAAGAUACAUCCGAGGGUCUAAUUCGCCCUACUGAGACUUUGAUGACAACCGCACCACCGGGCGCUUCGUCUGAUGAAAUACGUGAAGGUGUGAGAAAGGUAGAGGAGGCCCGGGCCGCUCCUGUCGAACCUGCUGUACCCGCCGAAGUGGAAAGCGAAAGCCAACAAAGUACCCAACAAAAUGCCCGGCCAGCGGCAGUUCCUUCCCGGUCGAAAUCACGUUUGUCUAUGUUCGGUCGGGCCAAAACAGAGCCUAUGCCUAGUGAUGUUGCUCCUUAUCCUGGCACUUGA